UGACAAUAUUUCUUCUAUGUGGUAUUUGGAAAAAGUGAUGGAAGGAACUUAUCGAAGUUUGCCAGGCUCCCCAAGUAGUGAGCCAAGUACUUCCGAGCUGACGGAGCCACAAGUCCCCCCAGAGAUAGGACCCAUUCCGUCUCCGCUUCCACCUAUCCCUCCAAGACGAAAACGUCGUCCACAUAAGGGACCGGUUGGCGCACCGCUAAUACAUUUAGAUGACGAGAACUGCUAUAAGAAAAGGAUUGACGAGCUUCCCGCGAUGCCUUUGAAAUCAGCAUUGAAAAGGGACCAUACCUCUAAAAACGUCGUACAAGGAACAUGGGAAAAAAGAAGUAUUUUGAAAAAACAAAGUCCUGAAGAAGAGGAACUUCAGGAUAUGUUCGGAAGACUUCGCUUGGAAAAGAAAACCGUUCGUUUCGCGGUUGAGAAUGACUAUAAAAAGGCAGACACAUGGGAUAGAAGACCCGAUUAUAAACGCUGGGAAAGCAGAUCAUUGGAAGAAAGACAAACAAUACAGGAUGCGAUGAGGGAAUAUAGAUUAAAUGAAAUGGAUAUACAUCCAGAGAGUCGUCGUUUAUUACUACUCCCCAAGAGGACUCCCAGAAAAUCAAAAUCAAAGUCAAAAUCGAAGUAAUUUCUGCAAUGGGCACAAUUACACGAAGAACUCCCAAGAGAUUUUCCGGAACAAUACCAUAUUCAUAAAGCCCUGACGAUGAAGUACGGACUAAUUAAUGUGUUAUAUACUAAUGAUAAUAAGAUUACAGGCGCCGAGUUUCAUGUGAUUAUUUGCAAAACAGUUAAAACUCUACAUAAACCUCAAAAAGUGACUGGGCAUUCAUAUAACAGUGAUUCAAAACUUUAACUUAGCUGUGUUUUUGUGAUAAUAACAGUGAGAAAACAAAAUUUUACAGGGUAGGUAUAUCCUAAUCAACAAUAAUUAAGUAAUAGUUUAAGUUUAGGUAUAAUAGUUUUUAGCUUUGGUAUUUGUUUAGUUCUUAAUUCCAAGUAGAUUUUCACUCCUUGUUCUUUGGGUGUAUCUUCAUCUCAUUCAAUCUGAAUUCCCUCAUAGCAUCCUGUAUUCCUAGUCUUUCUGCUGGUGAUUUGCUAUAAAAUAAAUAGCGUUGAAAUAAGGUGUGCUAACGUUUCUCACAAGUAAAUACCUUUCCCAGCGUUUAUAAUCCGGUCUUCUAGCCCACAAAUCUGCCUUUUUAACGUCAAUAUGAUCGGUGAAUCGAAGGCUCUGUGUUAUUUGCGCGACAACCGUUUGCGCGAGGGAGAAAAGCGCGAUACGAAAAGCGCAAGGGACAAAAGCGCGACGGAACAAAAACGCGACAGGACAAAAGCGCGAUGGACACAAACGCGACUGGAUAAAAAUGCGAGGAACAAAAGCGCAAGGGACAAAAGCGCGACGGAACAAAAACGUGAGGGAUAGAACCGCGACGAAACAAAAACGCGACUGGAAUAAAGCGCGAUGGAGAAAAACGCGACUGGAUAAAAACGCGAGGAACAAAAGCGCGAGGGACAGAAGCGCGACGGAACAAAAACACGAAGAGCAAAAGCGCGACGGAACAAAAACGCGACUGGAUAAAAGCGCGAGAAACAAAAGCGCAAGGGACAAAAGCACGACGGAACAAAAACGCGAGGGACAAAAGCAUUGCUGAAGUUGAAAUGGCUGUCAACAAAUAAAGGACCGGGUAUAGAAAGCCCCCAGCGAGGAGUUCAAAAUAUGAGCAAGUUAAUUCUCGAUUGUUAAACUUAGUCCAAGAAUACCCUUUCUCCAACGUACAAAAUCACCUUAAAGCAGUAGCUUUAAACUUAACCAUUUAAACUUAGCAUUCCAUAAUUUGUAUUUUUAACUAAUUUAUUUUGUUUCUUUUGUUAAUAAAGUUUAUCAUGCUGUCCUACUUAGAACUAUAGAAUAGGUGAUGAACAAAUUGAAUCAAUAAUAAUCAAGAAAACGCAGACUUACUUAAUCUAACCCAAACUAACCCGUCCGCCUAGUGCGAUCUAGUCCUCGUAAGUUAUCAUUUUAAUGCAAACUUACUCAAACUAACCCGUCCGCCUAGUGCCAUCUAGUCCUCG